UCUUGAUCAAUAAUUGGUAUUACAUUUAGAGUACGAUGAGAUCGGAUUGUCUGUAAGGAUUUAUUUGAAGGCAAUAGACAAGAAAAAUUGUCUCUUAUCAUCAACAUUAUGCAGCUUCUUCUUCGUCUUGUUUGCUGAUGCAAAACACAAGUCAACUGUUCUUAUGAUCUAUUGGAGAAAAAGGAGAGCACUUGUUGAUUUUGAUUCUUAGUGAUUGAGGAAGACACGAUCUUGUAACUGUCUGAUAUGGCAUCUUCAUCUGCUGUUGCUCAUAAAUGGAAGUAUGAUGUGUUCCUUAGUUUUAGAGGCAAGGAUACGCGCAAUAAUUUUACCAGCCAUCUCUAUGAUGCUUUGUGUCGUAAGAAAAUCAAGACCUUCAUUGAUGAUGGGCUUGAAAGAGGAGAAGAAAUUACGGGUGCACUUUUGAGAACAAUUGAAGAAUCGAGAAUUUCAGUGAUAAUAUUCUCAAGAAACUAUGCAUCUUCUCCAUGGUGUGUGGAUGAACUGGUGAAGAUACUUGAAUGCAAGAAGGCAUAUGGGCAGAUUGUUUUACCAGUUUUCUAUCAUGUGGACCCGUCUGAUGUUGAUGAACAGACAGGGAGUUUUGGAAAUGCGUUUGCUGAGCUUGAAAGAAAUUUUAAGCAGAAGAUGGACAAGGUUCCAAGGUGGAGAGCUGACUUAACAAGUGCUGCCAAUAUAUCCGGAUGGGAUUCACAAGUCAUUAGGCCUGAGUCGAGACUCGUGGAUCAAAUUGUGCAUCAUAUUUUGAAGAAAUUGAAUUAUUCAUCCUCAAGUGAUUUGAAGGGCCUGGUCGGAAUGGAUUCACGCAUGAAGCAAAUCGAAGCCUUAUUAUGCACACAGUUACCAGAGGUUUGUGUUGUAGGAAUAUGGGGCAUGGGUGGUAUUGGUAAGACAACCAUUGCUGGAGAGAUUUUCAACAAGAUCGCUAGGGAAUAUGAAGGUCACUAUUUUCUUGCAAAUGUGAGGGAGGAAUUAGAAAAGAAUGGAGGAUUAUUUCGUAUGCGAGAUGACCUUUUCUCUAAAAUAACAGAGGAAGAAAAUCUACAUAUACGCACUCCACGUAUUGGACACCCUUUCAUUAAAGACAGGAUCUGCCGUAAAAAGGUUCUGAUUGUUUUUGAUGAUGUGAAUAAUGUAGACCAAAUUGAAAUGUUACUUGGAGGAUGUGAUUUUUUUGGUCCAGGAAGUAGAAUUAUCCUAACAUCUAGAGAUAAACAGGUACUUAAGAAAUAUUCAGACAAAAUAUUUGAGGUUGGGGGAUUGAAUUACCAGGAAGCUCUUCAUCUCUUUAGUUUGCAUGCAUUUAAGGAUAAUCAGCCCCCAUACAAUUAUAUGGAGCUGUCUGUGAGGGCAAUAAAUUACGCUAAAGGUAAUCCAUUAGCUCUUAAAGUCUUAGGUUCCUUUCUAUUUGGCAGAACGAGAAAAGAAUGGGGAAGUGCAUUGAACAAGGUUGAAAAACUUCCUCAGAAAGAAGUUCAUGGUGUGUUGAGAAUAAGUUUUGAUGCACUUGAUAGAGAAGAGAAGAGUAUAUUUCUCGAUAUUGCGUGUUUUUUUAAAGGGCAGAACAUUGAUUUUAUAAAGAGAAUACUCGAUGGCUGUGGCUUCUCAGCUGAUAUAGGAAUUAGUGUUCUUGUCGAUAAGUGUCUCGUUACUAUUUCUGGAAACAAGAUAGGGAUGCAUGAUUUGUUGCAGCAUAUGGCCCAUGAAAUUGUCAGCAUGGAAUCAGUCAAGGACCCAGGAAAACGCAGUAGAUUGUGGCAUUUUGAUGAUGUGUAUGAAGUGUUGACCAGAAAUCUGGGAACUAAAAACGUUGAAGGGAUAUUCGUAGACUUGGAUAGUUCUGAAAAGAUAAUGAAGGUGAGUUCCAGAGCGUUUGCGAGGAUGUAUAAUCUUAGAUUGCUCAAAGUUUAUAAUUCAGGAUUCGGAAAUAAUAAGAAAGUGCUCCUUCCUCAUGGCCUGGAUUCUAUUUCCAAUGAGUUGAGGUAUCUCCACUGGGAUGGAUACCCUUUGAGAUCUUUGCCGUUCAAUUUUAUUCCACAGAACCUUGUUGAAAUUAAUAUAUCUUCAAGCAAGGUUGAACAACUUUGGCAAGGAAACCAGAAUCUAGUGAAUCUAAAAGAGGUCAACCUCAGCAGUUGUAAGCAUCUAACAGAAAUCCCAGACCUCUCACAGGCUGCAAAUCUCGAGAGUUUGAAUCUUCAAUCCUGUACAAGUUUGACAGAAGUUCCUCAAUCUAUCCGAUAUCUAGACAAACUCUCCGAUUUCAAUCUGAGAUCCUGUACAAGCCUUAUAAGCCUGCCAAGUAGUAUUAAUUUGAAAUCACUCAAGACUCUUAACCUCUCAGGCUGCUUAAAUCUUAAGAAUUAUCCAGAGAUCGCGGAGAAUGUGCAGUACUUAAAUUUAAAUGAGACUUCAGUUCCAGAACUUCCCCGAUCAAUUGAGCAUCUUGGUAGACUUGUUGCAUUGAAUUUGAGGGAUUGUAAGCAACUUGGGAAUCUUCCGGAGGAUGUUUGUUCGUUGAAGUCUCUUGAAAUUGCUGAUCUGUCAGGCUGCUCAAAUAUCACCAUGUUUCCAGCUUUUCCAGAGAAAGUCAGAUAUAUUUACUUGAGUGGAACUGCAAUAGAAGAAGUUCCGUCUUCAAUCGAUCGCCUUUCAAGACUCUUUUCUUUGGACCUAAUGGGUUGCAAAAGGCUCAAGAAUCUUCCAUGUACUUUUUCUAGGUUGGCAUCUCUUGAAAAACUCAGUCUCUCUGGGUGCUCAAUCAUCACUGAGUUUCCAGAGCUUCCAGUGAGUAUUAAGGAGUUGUAUUUGGAUGGGACAGCAAUACGAGAGAUUCCUUCAUCAGUUGAGCAUUUGUCCAACCUUGUUGAAUUGAGUCUGCAAAACUGUACAAGAUUUGAGAUUCUACCUGGUAGUAUUUUUAACUUGGAAUCACUAAAAAAACUCAACCUCUUUGGAUGCUCCCAAUUCCAGACUUUCCCUUCUGUGGAUAAAUAUGGAUAUUUGACUUACCUUUGUUUAGAUGGAACAGCCAUAAGAGCAUUACCCUGGACAAUCAAAGUUCUAGCAAGUGUUUCUCGCUUGGAAAUAAAAAACUGCAGAAAUCUGGAAUGCAACUUGCUCCCUGAGGUUCAGAGUCUUUUGAAUUUCAAUGAGAGAGAGGUGAAAUUAUAUCGCCUGCGUCAGCUAUAUCUAAACGAUUGCAACUUACUUUGCUUGCCUGGGAGUCUUUCCUGCUUAUCCUCACUAGAAGUACUGGAUCUCAGUGGAAACAGUUUUACUCUGCUACCGAUACUCUCAAAACUCCUUAAGCUGGAAUCCCUUAUUUUAAGGAAUUGCUUUAGACUUACAUGUAUUCCUACCCUUCCACCAAGACUAAUGAAACUAGAUGCACACAAUUGUUCAUCGGUGAGCGGUGUAUUAGGCAGAUAUUCAACUGAGGUUGAGGGAAAUAUUUUUGAAUUGCUAUUUACUAACUGCUUUGGCUUCCAUGACAAAACUGUAUGCAAAUGCAACGACAUCAUAGAAUAUUCCUUGAGGAAAAUUAAGGUUUACGCCAAAAGAUUGUAUACACAUGUAUUUCUCCCUUCCCUUCUUUUUCUCUCCCGCUUACCUUCUAAUUCUUAA